GGAUCCCUGCCAUUUUCUGUUCAACCACUAUACCGUCUUGAUGAGCAAACGGAGACAACCAUAUUCGCCAAGCAAGUGCUUGAGAAUCAAUCUCAGCGGGUUGGAUCUUCAUGGGAAAAGGCAUGGUGAAGUUGAAAAAAAUCUUGAGGAGGUUAAAAAGGUAUACUCCUGUCUAAACCCUCUGGUUCUAUGGCAAUAGACUCGGUUUCUCAGCUUCACAGUAACAAAACCCUAAAACCCCUGACUCUGGUUCUUCUGAAAUUAUUGUAAAAUGUUUGCUUAUUAUUUAUUGCUUCUUUGGUUUUCAUUUCCAUUCUCUGUGAAGAGGUAGUGUGUAAAGAGUUGCAAAAAUGGUGAUUAAGAUGCUUUUGCAAAAUCUUAAUUCCUGUAGUCCUCGACUCUAUAAUCCACCAUCCCUUGUGCCACUUAUUCGAAAUUUUUCACUCUGGUCGAUGAAGAAGGAACCAGAUCUCGAAUCGGCUCUGUCUAGGAAUCGUAGGUGGAUAGUUAAUAAUCAGAUCAAGUACAUAAUUCUUCGAUACCCAGACCAGGUAGUGCCAGUGAAAUUCCUCCAGAAGAAAUUCAAGACCCUUGAUCUCCAAGGCAAAGCUCUCAAUUGGCUCAAAAAAUACCCAUGUUGCUUUGAAGUUUAUCUUGAAGGUGUCGAGCACUACUGCCGGCUGACGAAACGGAUGAUGUUUUUGGUAGAAGAGGAAGAAGCUGUCAAAGAUAUGCAGGAACCUGUAUUUGUUGAGAGAUUGGCGAAGUUGCUUAUGAUGAGCUUGAAUCAUAGACUCAAUGUUGUUAAACUCAAUGAAAUGAAGAGGAAUUUCGGUUUUCCAGAUGACUAUCUAAUUAGAAUUGUGCCAAAGUAUUCGGAUUUGUUUCGGGUUGUUAAUUAUAGUGGGAGAAGGAGUUCAAUGGAGAUUGAACUGGUGUCAUGGAACCCUGAUUUAGCAGUUUCCAAGAUUGAAGCCUCUGCUCAGAAGCAGAGUUCUCAGCCAUGUUUUUCAUGUUCAUUGCCCCCAACUUGGGUGAAGUCAUGGGAAAGAUUUCACAAAUUUAAUGCAGCUCCUUAUAUUUCGCCGUACUUGGACCGCAGAGGUUUAGUGGAGGGAUCAGAGGAGAUGGAGAAGAGGACUGUGGGGUUGGUGCACGAGUUCUUGUCAUUGACCCUGUGGAAGAAAGCUUCAAUUUUGAAGCUAGGCCAUUUUAGGAGAGAGUUUGGGUUGCCAGAGAAAUUGAACGUUUUGCUGCUCAAGCACCCUGGCAUAUUUUAUGUUUCAAACAAGUAUCAGAUAUAUACAGUACUUCUCAGAGAGGGAUAUAAUGGGUCAGAACUGAUUGAUAAAGAUCCUCUGGUUGUUGUGAAAGAAAAAUUUGGGGAACUAAUGCAGGAGGGACUUCAUGAAUACAAUCGGAGGCACCAUUUGGUGAAUGUAGAGAAGAAAAAGAAAGCCAUGGUUUUGGCUAGAUUAGAUAAAAGCAAGGACAGAAGCUCUGAAGUAUCUGAUAAUGACGAUCAGGGAGAUAAGUUGGGUGGCCUGUUUGACCCGGAAGAAAGAAAACGAUUCUAUAAAAUUCUGUUUGAUGAUACUGCUCCAUGAUUCAACCGAGGUGUGUUCUGGGGUUUAAGAUAUCAACUUUGUGUACGUGUUUAUUCUCAGUUUUGGAGGUUGAUGUUUCUCCAUGACUUCCCUGUCACCAAUUUCUUUGUCAUGACCAGCUAGGAAUCAUUCAAAAUGUUUCUUUUAAAUAAUUUCUGUAAGGUAUCAAGGAAUAUUUAUAUUUGAGACUAUGUAUAAGUUUAUAAUA